CAGCAGCAACGCCGCGCCGCGGCCCCGAUCAGGAAGUGAAUUCGGACAAAAUAAGCGGCUGUGGAGGUAGAAUGACAUAGAAGAGCAGAGGUGGUGGAAAAGACCAGCGGAGGGAGAGACUGAGCCUGUUUCUGGAGCCGCACCGAGCUGUUCCUCUCCGGGAUAUAUUGGUCUUGCUGUGCCGCAGGAAAAAAGAAAAAAACUAAUAAUAAUGCUCAUAAAGGAAUUUCGAGUGAUCCUUCCUAUAUCGGUGGAAGAGUAUCAAGUCGGGCAGCUCUACUCCGUAGCUGAAGCCAGUAAGAAUGAGACAGGCGGAGGCGAAGGAGUGGAGGUGCUAAAAAAUGAGCCUUAUGAGAAGGAUGGGGAGAAGGGACAGUAUACACACAAAAUCUACCAUUUGCAGAGUAAAGUGCCGUCAUUUGUCAGAAUGUUGGCUCCAUCAUCAGCUCUCAACAUCCAUGAAAAAGCCUGGAAUGCAUAUCCAUACUGUCGCACAGUUAUCACCAAUGAAUAUAUGAAAGAUAACUUCCUGAUCAAGAUUGAGACAUGGCACAAACCUGACAUGGGUCACCUUGAAAAUGUGCAUGGGCUUGAUGCUGAAACCUGGAAAAAAGUGGAUGUUGUCUACAUUGAUAUCGCAGAUAGAAGCCAAGUUGAACCAAAGGACUACAAGCCAGAGGAGGACCCCUGCAAGUUCAAGUCAGUGAAGACAGGUCGAGGCCCUCUUGGAAAAGACUGGAAGAAGGAGCUUCCCAACAAGAAGGACUGCCCACACAUGUGUGCCUACAAACUGGUCACUGUCAAAUUCAAGUGGUGGGGGCUACAGAAUAAAGUGGAGAACUUCAUUCAAAAGCAAGAGAAGCGUUUGUUCACUAAUUUCCACCGCCAGCUAUUCUGCUGGAUUGACAGGUGGAUCGAGUUGAACAUGGACGACAUUCGUCGCAUGGAGGAGGAGACACGCAAGGAGCUGGAUGAGAUGAGAGUGAAGGACCCUGUGAAAGGGAUGGUGGCUCUAGAAGACUGAGGCUAUCGGACUGUGAAUGAUGCUGCUCAUCAGAUGAGAAUACCGAGACACCAGCGGAUUCACAUCCUCCUUCAGCUCAACAUCAGGUGGUCCAAACCACCUGCUUGAUCCAGUCUGAUUUGAGGGACCUUGACCCAGUAAAUCCACAGUUCAGCUUAUCUGCUCCACCCCA